GAAGUGCAAGCAUUUAGACAAAAUGCCCUGCAGAGUUGGGGAUUUGGAUUCAACUUCCGCCCGCUUUCAGCCCAGUGUGAGGAUAGGAAACUGGGUGGAGGAAAACUGCCUAGAGGAGGACAAAAUAGUGAACUUCAAGAAGCAGCGCGACCGAGGCGAACUUCUGGUGGAAAAAGCCCGCACUCUGUACGACAAUUUCCACAAGGAGGUCGUCUUGGCUGCCCCCAAGCAGACCAUUAUAUUCGGGGCCAUUGUGCAGCUCAUGCCCAUCUACAUGAACAUCAGUGAGAUGGACACCUCCGACCUGAAUGCCGCCCUCUCGGUGGUGAUCAACGAGAAGGUGGUGCGCAAGAGCCAGUCCAUCCACGAGGACUGCGAGCUCACUGUGGCGCCCUCGAGGCGACCCUGUGUGCGCAACUCCUUCAAGAUAGUCAGUGGAGAUGGUCGGGAUCGCACGGGGGAGAACAUCAAGUACGGACAGCGGUUCCAGCUGCAGUGCAUGGCCUCCGAGCAGGAUCCCAUUGUCCUGUACAGCGGGCCCAAGCGGUGCAAUCUGCAGCAGGGCGUCAACGCCACCUACUUGUCCCACAAGAACGGGGAGCUCAACCUCAACCUGGGACUCGUCCAUCGCAGUAAAAUCAACUGUCCUGACAACGAUAUACCCCUGGCCUACACGAACUGGUUCUGCAGACACGUGGAUCCCAAACAGCGUUUCGAAAGCGAAGGGGAAGAUAUACCUAGCAAUACCCCCUUGGUGAUUGUGCAUGGAACCACAAAUCGAAACAUUGCUGCCGAAAAUGUUUUAAUACAAACCCUGUUUGGCCCAGAGUUUCUGGUAUCCGUCCAGAACUAUCGGAAUAUCUAUAAGCACGAGAUGUGGAAGAACGUUUGGAUGAUCAGCAAUGGCCAUCAAACUGGAUCAAAAUCUUCAAAUUCUUCGUCCCACUGAGUUCCUAAAGCUGUAAAGGCCUACGACAUGUAUUACAUAUUCUUAAGAACAGGCACAGCACUUA